AAUAAAAAAUUCAUUUCUAUCUAUCAAUAUAAAUAUAUGAAAUAAUUUAAUAUUUAUUUAGAAUUUAAUUAUAGUUGAAUAGUCUUAUUCAAAAAAUUUGGGUUACUCAUAUCUCUUCUUUUUCCUUUUUUUAAACUAUGUUUUCUAUCAAAAAGUAAUAUAUACAUAGGAAAACUUAGCAUAGAUAUUCAUGGACGAUAGUGAACACUAUUUUGCUUUUAGUGUUUUUUCACAUUGAGAAAACAUAAGUUCUAUGAAAAUACUAAAUGAAACUAUGUUAGAUAGAAGAAAAGAAUUUAAUAGAAUUCAAUAUGGAUAAUAGAGAUAAGAAUGACUUUAAUAGAUUCUUUGACAUCCCUAAUACUAUAAUAAUUUAGCGUAAUAAUUUAAGUGUUGAUAAUAUUCUUGAAAAUCUAAUAGGCUAUUUUAUUUGAACAGAAGGUUAGAAGAAGCUACCUCUAUUUUUAUUAGAUAGAUGGUGAUUACUAUUAUUAAGAGACAUGUUUCAAAAACCUCUGUUCGUAGAUAAAUCUCUUUGGUUUUUCUAAAAUUGUUAAUAUCUACUGCAAAUUUAUGCAACUUUGAUAUUGAUUUUUUUAUGAAAGAAAAAUUCAAUAUCGUACUUUAAAUGAAAUUUUUUGGACUCCGUUUUACACGUUAAGUUUUUGUUACACACAAACUGUUGAAAAACUAAAAAGUUGAAAAAUGAAAGCGAUUGUUAGCUGCUCACGUUUAUGGUCAUACGUUUACUAUCGAACUUAGGAAAAAAGAGAACUACAAAAAGAAAACAGAGAGAAAGGCACGAUCUGUCUCAAAGGUAAUUAACUGUGAUAUCACUUUAUCUGAAUUCUCAUAGACAAAGAAAUAGAAUUUAACAAAUCAUCCAAUAUCCACAAUCUGUUUAGUUUAUAAUGUAACGAGAGUAGAAAGACCUAACCGACGGAAAAAGACAUAGGCUUGAGAUGAUUCGGAAAUCAAUUCAUAUUGAGUAGUAAAAAAAAAUUGUAUUUGAAAGUUUUAAUACUUAGAUAUAUUGUGGUUUAGUUUUGACAAUUUUUCAUGAAAUUCCACUGAAAAUGAGAAAAUCUUACGUCUUUAAAGUUACAUGACGCGACGAGUUUUUAUCGAAAUUAAUGAAAUACUAUCAUAAAAUCAUCUUCGAAGUGACCAAUAAUGCAGAAACUAUCGGCGAAUAUGUGCUGACAUUCGUCGAAACUGUUUGCAUCUCGCGAAAUUUUUGAAGCUUUAGUAUCUAAAGCAAGGGGGAAACAGCUGAUUUCAGAUUUUUUUGAUUUUUUUUUGACUUUCCUCUUGAUUUUUCUAAUUUAAAACCAACUGAUUUUAAACGAGGAAAAUCAGAAAAAUCAAAAAAAAAACAGAUUUCAGCUGUUUCACUCUAGAUUGAUAUUUUGAAGAACAAAUAUUAAAAAUUUUAUCAUUUUCUUUGAUUUUUUUUUGAUUUAAAUAAAAAAAAAACAGUUUUCCCCCCCUUGAUCUAAAGUCAGGUUUUAUUUAUUAUGCUAACUAGUUAUGUUGUAGUAACCGUGUCCUCAUUCGAACAAAUAGGGCCACUUUACCGAUAAAUUAUUCAUUCCGGAGCCCGAGUUCUUGAGUUUGAAUUAUUGGAAAUUAUAUUAAAGUUCAUAACGAAAGCUGUCUUGGUGCUUCACUCAAAUUCUAUGCGCAACUGUUAGAAAAAACUAUUUUAAUGAGGUUAGGCAUCCAAAUCUAAAAGGUUUAUGCGUGUAUGUGAAUAAGUCUAUCGAAGCUUAUUUUCAUAUUUUCAAACUUCAACCUCAAUCAAUAUUUGUUUUAGCUGGAGCAAUAAAUUCGACGCCAAAAUAUUGAAUAAAUAAUGUUUGCGAGAAGAAUUAGUGCUCAUCUGAUUCUGAUGAUACGUCCUGAAGAAUAAUUUUGAACCUUGUUAUUGAUAGCUUUAGUUCGAAGCAAAUUGAUUUACUCAAACUGACCGACACUAUCAAAUAUUAUCCUUUAAAAACCUAUUUUUCCCAAAAAAAAGGGAAAAAGAGGAUUUGCAACCGGAAAUAAGCGAAGCGGGAUGCCAGAGAAUAUCAGAAAAACUUCACUGAAUCGCUUAUCCUAAAUGAAUUAAAUAUCUGGAAUUGGAAAGGUUGUCUUUUACAAAAAACAAGUUUCGGAAUAUAUAUCGACAUUAUUUUAAGAAAGUGAGUCUCGAUAAAGAAAUCUGUCAAACAUGUAUUUUAGAAUUAGAAACCAAGCUCUAUCCAACAAAUAUAAAAAAGAAUUAUCUUUUUAUCAUCUUCUGUUUGAAUCGAACAGUCUAACAUUUUUUCAGGAAAUUUUAAAAAUAUCGUUUAUAGCAAAUAGAGAUUAAUAAAGAAUGGAUUUUUAUAAUUUUGGAGUUUUUCGUUUACUUUGAGUACUUUUGUUUAUUUUUACAUUAGUCCUCUUUAUUCGUCUUAAUGGAAGACGAGAAAGAAAUAAAAGAAAAAAGUGCAUUCUUAAAAUAAUCAAUAUGAUGUAGUAUAUUAUUAACGAUCAAUAUUUAUCUUAUUUGAUAAAAAUAAAAUUAUUCUUACUUGAAACUUUAACAUCAUAUGUUAUGUAAACAAGAGAUUUAUUUGAAUAAAUACAUCUACCGACAUAAUUAUGAACAUGAACUUGUUCAAUAAAAAUCAAAUGAUAAUUUGUAAUAUUUAUUAUUCUUAGAAAUAUUAUUAAAAUUGAUUGAUAAAAAUUUAAAUGAUCUUUUUUUGUCUCUUAGAAUUCUAUAUCAUAUUUAAGGUUUUUUCUGUACUCGGUACAAUAACUGCUAUAUCUGGAACUGCAGUUCCUGAUCGUACGCAAGAAGCUCAACGUGGUGCACAAAUUGGUCAAUCUAUUACAUCAGUUCUUUUGUACGGACUUGGAUUAUGGGUCGCUUAUCGAUAUAAUGAAACAGGUUUACGUAUAUUUGCUUGGAUCGGCAUAAUAGCAAUGGUUGUAUUUAGUAUUGUAAUUAUUAUUGUUAUUGCCUUGAUUAUUCGUAUCUUAGUUUCUUCUCAACCAGACCAUAAGAAUCUCAAGGUUGCUCUUUCAAUAAGUAUUGUUGUUGUUGUUAUUGUUUGUAUUGCUGCUUACAUACUUACAGUAAUUAUAUUAUAUCAUAUCCAUUUAUAUAUAUAUUAUAGUUAUAUGAAUUUUUAGAUAAUCAUUAUAAAAUUGUCCUUCAAAUUGGCUAAACAAAUUGAAUCAAAAAAGUCUUUAGCCACACCACAAAUCUAACAUUUAUUAUUAUCAUGUGAACUUAGAUUUAGUUUGUUUUUGUUUUUUUGUUGUUCGUCAUUUAUUAUGUUUUUCUUCUUUUGAAAGAACUCUAGAAAUAAAUGUUAAAGAUCAUUUCUUGAUCGAUACACACAUAUGUUUCAUUGAAAAGAAAAAUUAUUUAUAUCUUGAAGACAAAUUUUAAUCGGUUAUACUUAUUAAAAUAGAAUAAACAUAGGUGAAACUAUCUUUAAAUAUAAUUAAAUUAAUCAAUAUCAUUUAUAAGAAAGAAUGGACAUGGGUCUGCGUGCAGGUACAGGGAUAAAGAAAGUCAUCCCUAGUGCCUGUACUCUAAAUAAUACAAUUAAAAUAUUGUAAUAUGAAUAUGUCAAGUCUUGUUCUGACUGAAUCGAACAAGGAACUAUUAAUUCUUAUAUAGGAUUAGAGCCCUAUGAAGUGCUUAAUUUCACAACCAUUUUUCCUUAUUAACCUACACCAAAACUGGGUCGGACAUGGAUACGGUCGAUUACUGAAUUCAUGACCAAAAAAAUGAGUAACUUUGUAAAUAGUGCUUUGCUUCAAAAUUCCGAUCGACAUCCUAUGAAAAUGUUAAUUUUAACAUGUUCUAUUGAAUUAUAUAUGAUUCAAUAGGAUUACUUUGGAAAAUUCUGAUAAAUCGGUUUCGACUCCUAUGCACUCCCGUCCUUUAAUAAUUUAGUCCAAUCACAAAACAGAUUUUCUUUAUCUUGAUUCUUUUGAAUGUACAUAUGAAUCAUUCUCUACUGUACAAACAUUUUUACCCAUUUUUAUUUAUUUGAGGAAAAACAAAAAAUCUAUACAGUUGAUUUAUUUCUAAAAUGAGUUUUCGAUUUGAAUUAUUUUCAACAGAAAUCUUAUAUGAAAUAUUUGAUUAUUUAUCAUCUUAUGAUAUAUUUCAUG